AUGGCUGUGCGCAGCAAAGGCAGCACGGAGCUCAGACAGACCGCACGCACUCAGACGAAUAAUGGGUUCAUCACUGCUCCGGAGGCGCAGGACGGGCGGGCGGGUGGGGAUGUGCUCUCGACGUGCGCCGCCACGGGGUUGGUGCUCUCGACGACGACGGAAGAGCCCGGUGAAGGAGCGGACCCAUUGGGCGACGCGGCCAGCAACAUCGGCCGCCUCGGGCACUGCGGCCGCCACAACAGCCUCCUCGCCGCCCUGGCCAAGCCCAAGGUCAUGCGGAGCGUGUGGGGCAUGCUCGUCGAGGUGGAGCCGCGGGACCACCUCGGCUACUCUAACGACUACCGGCCCGACGUCUCGGUGGCGGGCGCCGGCCGCUCGCGCUCGCGCCUCGUCGGCGACGUCAAGUUCAAGGACUCGCUCUCCUCCAACCCGGAGGACGUCGGCCAGCGAGGCGCUUUCGUCGGCCUCGGCAACACCGAGCCCGGCACGAGCGCGGACGUCUUCGGCCUCGAGCAGCGCGGCGCUGUCGGGGACGGCGACUUCAGGCCGAGCGACGGCGGCGGCUAUGUCUGCCCGCACCCCAGCCUCGCCGGCUCCUGCGUGGACGUGAAGAACAACUACCAGACGCUCUACCUCCACCCGGAGAGCGAGAGAGUGCCGCGCCAGUGCUUUGAGCGGCGGGCCAAGCUGCUCUCGAGUGAGGCCGCGGCCGUGCUGGAGAGGACUUAA